AUCAGUUGUUCUAUGAGAGUUGCCUAAGAGAAAAAGGAGAAGAACAGCAUUAUAUUCCCUAGAAAGCAGGAUUAAAUAAUUGUGGGAGAAUGUAGCACGAUGCGGAGUUCAUUUCAUAUUCAACAAUCUUCCAGGCCACACCUCAGCCUCCGUAAAAAGGGGCUGCGUUUCUUAGUUUAUAAGCGCUUCAAGAUUACAGGCUCCAACCCGCAGGCUCCAACCCGAAGUACUAUAAGUGGUAACUGAGGACUUUGGACAGACCACUCGUCUUGUGAUCAGAAAAAAGGAAGCUCCUUCACAAGUUUCUCUUGAGUCAAGGUUGAGCCGAAAACCGUCAUGGUCUCUGAUUUUAGUGGGUGGUGGUGCGUUUCUUCAUAGUGGAAGUCACAGACUGCUGAGUUGAAGAAUCUGAUGGGUUGUGAUAACAUUAAAAGGACUGUACUCAGCUCAAUGAAGAAGCGCCUCCUCCUCCUCUCCUUUCUCUGUGUUGUACCGCUGUGUCUCUUCAAUGGAUGGCCGAUAGGAUUCAAGGGACUGACAGCCAGGGAUCCCUCCACCUUCCAUAAAUGUAGCAACAGCAGAAACGUCACCAUCCUGCUGUGGUACUGGCCCUUCAGAAGGCCAUUCAGCCUGAAGGGUGACGUGUGCUGGGACCUCUAUCGCAUCCCUCACUGUAGACUGGUGGACCAGCGCUCCUUGUUCCCCUCAGCUGAUGUGGUGGUGUUCCACAACGGAGAGCUGGUGAUGAAACGCCAAGUUCUGCCCCUUGACCUCCCACGUCCACAGGGGCAGAGGUGGGCCUGGAUGUCCCUAGAAGCCCCUGUUUACAAUGGAAACUUGUUGCAGUAUGCAAAUAUCUUCAACAUGACCAUCACCUACAGGAGAGAUGCUGAUAUCACAAUACCCUAUGGUGAGCUGCUACCAAGGGAGGUUGAAGACCAUCUGGUUGAAGAAGUCCCUCUGAAUAAGAGCUCCCUGGUCUGUUGGGUGGUCAGCAACUACAGGAGUCUACACAGGAGAAGCCAAGUGUACAAAGAGCUCAAUGCCAUAGUUCCUGUAAAGGUUUACGGUCGCUGGACAAAGAGACGACUCUCCUCUAAAGCCCUCUUACCUACAAUCUCUCGCUGCUACUUCUAUUUGGCUAUUGAGAACACAGUCGCCAAAGAUUAUGUCACAGAGAAACUUUGGAGGAAUGCUUUCCAAGGCGGGGCAGUGCCUGUUGUCCUGGGACCGUCAUUAGACGACUACAAAGCUGUGGCUCCACCAAAUUCUUUCAUCCACGUUGAUGAGUUUGCAUCAGUCAAAGACUUAGGAAAGUAUCUACAAGAUCUUGCAGCAGACAAGAAACGCUACAGUGAAUAUUUUACUUGGAAGAAUCAGUGGAAAGUGAAACUGUACACAGACUGGAGGGAGAGACUGUGUAAGAUCUGCUCACAGUACAACAGUUUACCUCAGGAGAAAGUUUACACCAACCUAGAGGCCUGGGUCAAUGCUAAUAACACUUGAGCUGCAUAAAUGUGGCUCAUUUAGCACAUUAACAAAUGAGCAUCCUUGAGAUUUAGGGGACCUAAACCUAACCUAAUCUGCAACUGUGGAAACAUGUAUAUGUACAUAUAUGCAUACAACUAACAUGCUUUAACUACUUCAUAUUGAUAAUGAUGAAUUUAAUUAAACUAUAGUACUGAUAUCCUUAGCACUGUAUAACAAACGCCUACCUCUCUAGGGUCAGAGGAAUAGUUCUGUAAAGUCGCUUAAUCUCAUUCUUGCCUGAGAGUUGGGUAAAAUAACCAGAAAGGCUUUACCUUAAAUUGAACUCACACAGCACACUUUGAGGGCACUGACAUAAGCACAGCCCCAUACUUUCCAAUGACUCCCAGUCUUUGCAUUGUCAGCAUUUAAUUUUAAUUUAAGCAUUUCCUACAUUUUAAAGAUACUGUAAGAUUCAAGUCAGAUUGAUUUAUCAUUUGAACUGUAUGUAAUACAUUUAUUGUAUGAUGUCCUGUUCAUUUCAUGUCCAUCUUCCCUUGCAAGUAAAAACGAUGGUUUACAUAAAUAAUUUGUCAGUUUCAUUGCGGGGAAACACCUUGUACUACAUGAGGUAUUUUUUAGUUACCGAGGGUAAUGAUAGUUUGUUGAGAUCAAAGAAACUAUCAGCACUGCUCCUCAGACUCUUCUUCCAUAUAUGGUAGUAAAA